AGGAUAUUCGUUAAUGGCUACGAAAAAUGAUCAUUCAGAUGUAAAACACGUUGUUGAUGAAAAACACUAUGAUUAUCUUAAAGAAAAGUUUUGGGAAUUCUUGGAGAAUGGAUAUUUUACUGACAUAAUAAUUAUAACUGAUAAGGAUGUCAAUUAUGAGAAGAAAGUUCAUGGUAUUAUUCUUAAAUGUUUUAGUAAAUUGUCUGAUUGGGAAAAAGAUACCGAAAAUGGUUACAACUUGAAGAAACCAUUAUUGUUACAUCAUACAAUAGAUAUGAUUGAAUGCAUUAUAAACCUUUUGUAUUUUGGAAAAUGUAUAGUUCCUGUUAAAGCUUUGCCACUAUUUAUGGAUUUAGCAAACUCACUGAAGGUAUCACAAAUUUCAGUUUACGAUGAAAGAGGUUCUGAUUAUUUUGUUUAUCUGAUGCAUCAUAAACAAAAACUACUCAAUUAUUUAUGUUUUAUUAAAAAAAAUUACAUUAAUUGUGACAUGAAUAUAGUAUCAAUGGAAUUAAGAUUUCUUCCAGUUCACAGCACUAUUUUAGCUGCAUAUAGUAAGAAGUUUUUCCACUGCUUUAUAAAUAGAAUUAAAGACACUAAUUCAAUUUUGCUAUUUGUUCCAAUGAAUGUAGAAAAAAUAGGCCUGAUAUUGGAACUAUGUUACUUUGGUCAAGUAACUUUUGCAGAAUCUGCUUCCAAUGAACUAUAUGAAGUGGCAAGUUUUAUAGGAAUUGAAAGAUUUAUAGAAAAAUGUAAACUUUCUCGAAAGAAACAUACCUUUAAUGAUGAAGAAAAUGAUUUUAGAUUAGUUAAACCUCCAGUAAAUUCGAAGCCUGAAAUUAUUAAUAAAAUAAAGGAAAAUAAUUCACAUUAUGUCUAUGUGUGGACCUACAACAGAUGUUAUAUUUUUCCUUUUCUAUGUGUUCAGUUACUGAAUUUUCUCAGUGCCUUUGAUGAAGUAAAAGAAAAUCAGUUUGACAUCAUUGUGUUUGUAAAGAAUAUUCCUAAUUGUACAAUUAAGAAGUUUAUAUCAUGCCUUUAUAACUGGGAAUUUAAAACUGAAAUACGACUAUUAAUCGAUUUAUUUGGUCUUAAUUGGCCUACACCACAAAAAGAUAUUCCUUCAUCAGAAUCUGAUAUCACUGUAAAUAAUGAUCUACCUCAUAACACAACCACAAUGUACGCUAGUAAUCUGGAUGACCUAAGAUUAAUUUGCGAAAAGGUUUUCAAAGAGGAAUGUAACAAAGGUGAAAAGAUUAUUCAAUUGUUUACAUGUCAAACAUGUGAAGAGCAAUUCCUUAGCUGGAGGGCGUAUAGAUUUCACUGUAAGGAACAUCGCAGACAAGGAUAUCUAUGUGAAGAGUGUGGACGAUUCGUACGUCCGAACAUAUUCUUAGACCACUCUGCGCGUCAUAAAGCAUCGCAAAAUAAUGAAUGUAAACAUUGCUUCAAACAAUUUUCAAACGCAUACAGACUGAAGCAACAUCAGUCCAGUUGUAUUCUAGAGAAGUGUCCCAAAUGCAAUAAACGUGUCCAAAAGUUGACAAUGAACGAUCAUAUAGCUAAACACACCAUGGGUUUUCAAUGUCCGUAUUGUAAACAAAAUUUUACAUCAAGUCAAUGGUUAAAAACACAUUUAAUAAAGCAGAAAUUUCUAAAACCUGUAAAAUGUGUAUAUUGUCAAAGAAUUUUUAUUCAUAAAUGCCACCUAAAGGAUCACAUUGAUAGAGAACACUUGCCUGUAGCUUGUACAUUUUGCCCAGAAACGUUCAAAUCGGAGGGGAAGCGAAAUAAACAUUUCAUGAUUAAACAUUCGAAAAAGCAAAUCAGAUGCUCGGUUUGUAAUAAGCUGUUUUCAAAUUUUUCAUCCUUGAAAGUCCAUGAACGCUUUCAUAGUGGCGAGAAGCCAUUUAAAUGCAAAAUUUGCUACAAAAAGUUUUCUCGAUAUGAUACAAUGCAUUACCAUAUUCAACAAACGCAUGAAAAGAGGAAAUAUAUCUGCCCUAUUUGUAAAAAAGAUUACUCCUCUAAAAGUUAUUUCACAGAGCACUGCUCGACAAAUCACCAGAAAUCAAUUGAUCCAGAUCUCUGUCUAGUAAAAUGUGACAACAUCCCUAUAGUAUUUCAUGAAGAACCAGUUAAUGCCAUUAAACAGUGUAAUGAAAAAAUAAAUCUUGAAAAUGAUAAGGAUUAUCGCACUUGGUUGGCUAAUAAAAAAAUAACUCAUAAUUGUACGAUUUGUAGAGCAGAAUAUACAAACUUCAUUGAUCUUAUGUUACAUUUAGAUACCCAUUUAUCAGGUCAAUAA